GCACGCGCACCCUUUUUCUUACCUCAAGGCUGGCCAUUCGUGAACGCUGGAUGCCAGAGUCGACUUUUUCUCUCUCUACACCACAGCCUCUCUCUCCCCUGUCUCUCUCCCCUUUUUGGUUUCUCUCUCAGCGAGCCGAACAGGAAGCUCAUCUGCUUAUCAGAACAGAAAGAGAACAAGGAAAGCUCUCUCUUUGAGGUGGACUGAAUCGUUGAGCCUUGAGGAGAAGAUCUUUUUGUAGCGUGGGAAAGGAGUGCCGAUUGCCACUUACUAAUGUCUUCAGAUGUGUCAGCUCCGUGGCACGACAGGGCGAGGGGCUUCUUUUCUUCAUCAGGUGGGAGACUCAAAGAAUCAGGGAAGAAUGCCGGAGCAUUUGUUGGCGAGGUAGCGAAGGAUGCCAAAGGCAAUGUUACUGAAAUUGCCGGAAGGGUUGGAUCAGCAGUGAAAAGCCGAUGGGUGCUCCUUCAGCAACCAUCAGUGAGACAUGCAGUCCAAGAGCGUCUCAUAGAAACUGCUGCCUCUACUGGCUCUUUUCUGAGGAAGGGUAUCACAGGCACUAAGGAUAAAGUUGUAGUUGGCAAGACAAAAGUCGAAGAGGUAGCAAAAAAGACUGCACAGAGAAGUAAAUCCAUUAUUACAGAUAUGGAAAGACGGCAGAAGGGAUUUUCUAGCACGGAUGCCUUUGGUGUCCCAAUUGAGAUAACGGUACAACGGCAGCAAUCCAGCAGGCCUGUUCCUAAUAUUUUGAUCAAAUGUGCUGAAUAUCUUAUAAGUACAGGGGUAAAUUCUCAGAAUUUGUUCAAAUCUGGGGAUAAGGAGGUUAUUCAGCAAUUGGUUGUGAAAUACAAUGAAGAUCCAGAUGCCUCACUUCCCGAUGGUACAAAUCCACUGGAUGUGGCAAUACUUGCCAAAUGCUACCUUGCAAGCAUUCCCGAGCCACUGACAACCUUUGAUCUCUAUGAAGAGUUAAAAAGUGCUCGUACUAGUGUACAAGCAAUGAGAAGCAUAUUAGAGAGACUCCCGAGUGCAAAUUACAUGACACUAGAAUAUAUAACAGCACUGUUGCUCCGCAUCAGCCAGAACUCACAUCAUAACAAGAUGGAUGCUCGGAGCCUUGCGAUUGAGAUGGCCCCAGUUUUGAUGUGGCAGAAGGGGAGGAACCCUGAGUUUUAUAGGGAAUAUUGGAACAAGCUUUCGGGAAGCCCUCCUAAAAACGUGGACCCAACUGUAGCAAUUAGUGCCUGGGAGAUGCUUGCAGAGGAAGGUGAAACGGAGGACCCGGCAGCCACUAUUGAGGUUGUUCAGAACCUUAUAGAACAUCAUAAUGCCAUAUUUACAGAUGCAAAUGAGACAAAUUGGAGAUGAAUGAAGUCGAAUGGGCAGGCUUUCGUUUAGGAAACAGGUGUUGAGCCAGUUGGAAAUCACCUCCGAAGACAAAGCUAUAUGCACGAGUUGCUCAAUAAUGGAUAGGGGCGUCUAUUACUGAGGGUUUCCCCAACCACAUGGUUCUGGAAUAUGGGCUUGUAUAUAUGGCUUGAGAUCAAGGAUGCGUAUUUGCCUCCUGUCUUUUUUGAAUAACUGGGGUUUGCCUGCUUUGUGGUAGCUUCUGCGCAUUGGCAUGCGACAAAAGGAUGUAAGCUUCAAAUAUUCCCGCAGCGAAGCAGGGUUGAUUUUUGUUUUAUUGUUUUAUUUUUGUCCGGAGAGCGCAGUUGAUUUGGUUUUCUUUGUCUUCCAUUCAAGAGGGCAAUAUCAUGCAUAUUUGCGCACUA